UAAAUAAAGAUUUAAAGAAAAACAAAAAACUAAAAACAAGCCCUAAGCCCUCAAUUUCCUCGUCGGCGGUGACUUAAUUCAAAUCAUAUCCGUUUCUUCUUCUUCUUCUACAGCCUCCGCCUCCGCCUCCGCAAAAUUGGUGCUGCUUUGAGAGUGAAAUUACUUUGAUUUGCUCUCUAACUCGUGGAUUCUGCAACGCGGCACUGCUUUCUUAGUUCGACGGAACUGAUCGGGUACUGGCUUUGUUCGCGGAUUCCUAAUCGGUUUUCCUAAUUUCUCAAGUAUUUCUCUGCUAUUUUGUUUCUGUCCAACUGUUUGCGAUUUUGCACAAGCACGGAUAGUAGGGACGAGCAUAUUUUUCUACUUGAUUCAUACGGCAGAAGCGUUUCUAUGUUGUUACCUGUUAGUUUUAGUAAUUGAUCAUACCUUAAUUAGGUUUCGAGAUUGCGGGCCCAGAGUUUUACCACCAUCUGCUUUCAUUGCUCUUGUAGUGGGAGUUACUGGAAGAGCAAUUAAAAUGUGAAGUUGAGUGUAUGUGGGCGAAUGAAGUAGUGUGAUAGUUUGUAGCUUUAGGCGAUUUCUGUUCCUGCAGUUUGUGUGAUUUCUCUUUCCUGUUUGGGUUGAGGAUCACAAUGUUGAACAAGAUAAUGAAAAGGGGGCAGAGGAAGUCCUGGAAAUCUGAAGCAAUAGAGGCCCCCAUAUCCCAGUCGUCGUCUGCUUCUAGUGUGACUGUCAAUCAUGCGUCUCGACUGGCCUCUGCAACACCUCAGCAUGUGACCCUUGCCAACAUCCCGCUGAACCCGGGUACUGUUGAUGUUUUGCCUAUGUUGAGGGAUGUUCCAAUGGCUGACCGGCACAAUCUAUUCAUUCGGAAACUUCAAAUAUGUUGUUUCCUAUUUGAUUUUACUGAUCCGACUAAGUCUGUGCGGGAGAAGGAGAUCAAGAGGCAAACUCUGGCAGAACUCGUUGACUUGGUGCAGUCGGGAUCGUGUAAAAUGAAUGAGGUGAUGCAGGAGGAAUUGAUGAAGAUGAUAUCUGUGAAUAUUUUCCGGUGUUUGCCACCGGCUGCACAUGAGAACACUGGCUCAGAGGGUGGAGAUCCUGAGGAAGAUGAGAUGUUCAUGGACCCUUCGUGGCCGCACUUGCAAUUUGUAUAUGAUUUACUUUUAAAGUAUGUGGUGUCAUCAGAAACUGACACUAAGAUUGCCAAGAAGUAUCUUGACCACUCGUUCGUACUUAAAUUGCUUGAUUUGUUUGAUUCAGAAGACAUGAGGGAGCGGGAGUAUUUGAAGACAAUUCUUCACCGCAUAUAUGGGAGAUUUAUGGUUCAUAGACCCUUUAUACGGAAUGCGAUAAACAACAUUUUUUAUCAGUUCAUAUUUGAGACCGAGAGGUACAGUGGGAUUGCUGAGCUUUUGGAGAUUCUCGGAAGUAUAAUUAAUGGGUUUGCACUGCCAAUGAAAGAAGAACACAAGUUGUUCCUUGUACGAGCACUUAUUCCAUUGCACAAGCCUAAAUGUAUUUCUUCAUACCAUCAGCAGUUGUCCUAUUGUAUAACACAGUUUGUUGAGAAGGAUUACAGAUUGGCUGAUACUGUCAUUAGAGGAGUGCUGAAGUUUUGGCCUGUCACAAACUGUGGUAAGGAAGUUCUCUUCCUUGGGGAACUAGAAGAGAUUUUGGAGUUUACACAGUCUGCAGAGUUUCAGCGCUGCAUGGUACCUCUGUUUAGACAAAUUGGACGAAGCCUCACUAGCUCACAUUUCCAGGUAGCUGAACGGGCUCUUUUUUGGUGGAACAAUGAGCACAUAGUAAGUCUGAUUGCAGAAAAUCGGAGCGUUAUUUUACCAAUCAUAUUUGAUGCCCUAGAAAAGAACAUACGAGGCCACUGGAAUCAGGCAAUCAUUGGCUUGAGCUCCAAUGUCAGGAGAAUGUUUCUAGAGAUGGAUCCCGAGUUAUUUGAAGAAUGUCAGAUGCAGCAUGACGAAAAGCAAGCAAGAGAUGGAGAACUUAAACGCAAUCGUGAGUUAACUUGGAAGAAACUGGAAGAGGUUGCUUCUCAAGUUACUGGUGAAGAAAGCAUGAUCGUCAUUUAGUGGAAUUGAAAAACAUACAGCUGAGGAUGAUUGUGAAACAAUUUCGCAGCCAGUGGCAAAGCUCCUUCACUUCUUAAGAAGUAGGAGCAACUCAUGGGAAACAAAAUGCUUGGAAGGAAAAAGCUGGAAAAAUUGAGGUCAGUAUGCUACUCUGCUUCACUCAACAAAUGCCAUUCUCUUGUGCUUGUGCUUUGCAACAUUUCAUUUUAUUUUCCAUCCUAAUAAUGAUAGUUUUUGUAAUCUAUAAUUAUUUUCUGGUUUUUGUAUUUCUAAACUUAAAAUCAAGCUAUGAGGCUUCUGAUGAAAGAAUGUAUGCCCCUUUUUUUUUGGCGAUUAUUCAAAUUUCAACUA